AUGACGACCACCUCCAUUGACUUGAAUGCACUUAAAAACAAGUUGCAGGAACUUAAAGAUGAGGGACUUAUGGAUGAGUCUAUAAAACACUCUAACUACUCAGAGGAACUCUAUAAAUUAUACAAAACAUCAAUCAAUGAUUACAUAAAUUCAAUGGAUUUACCUGCUUUAAGGCAGAUGCCCGGUAAGGUCAUGUUGAAAGAAGUUGCUAAGCAUUUUAAGAUGGUCCAAAAGCUCUCCUACUUCUUUGGAGAGCAUUCUAUUCCUAAACUCGGAUGGGUUGGACUUCAGAUAUUUUUUGAUUCGGUUUAUGGUAAAAUAAAGAUUGAUGCAAGGGAUGAAGUGAUUGAUCUGAUUAAGAGAGAUCGUGAGGAUGAGGAUGAGGAUGAGGAAAUUGACAAAAAAUUAUUGAAAAAUCUUACGGAUAUAUUUCAGAAGAAGGGAAAUUUUGAGAUGGAAUGCUAUUUGAAAGAUUUUGAAGAACCAAUGUUGGAACAUUCUGAAACUUACUACUCUCAAAAGGCCGAAUCAUGGAUUAUCAAGGAUUCUUGUCCAGAAUAUUUGUUGAAGGUUGAAAAAUGUUUGCAACAAGAGAUAUUAAGAGCUGUGAUUUAUUUUCAUACCAGAACACAUAAAUACUUGUUAGACAAAGUACAAAAUGUAUUACUCGUUCGUUAUGGAAGCCAAAUUCUGGAAAAGGAUUCAGGAUUCUGGGCCUUGCUUAGGGACAACAAGAAAGGUGAUCUUUCAAGGAUGUUUAACCUGUUCAAUAAAGUAGACAAAGGCUUGGAUCCAAUUGCAAAUACUUUUAAACAGCUUGUGAUUGCAGAAGGAACAGCGCUUGUUAAACAGGCACAAGAUGCAAGGACUAAAAAAGAAGAGAAAAGGGAUACCUGUGGAGCUCCAGAGCAGGAAUUCGUACGGAGGGUUAUUGAAAUGCAUGACAAGUACGAGCAUUAUGUCUUGGAGUGUUUUCAGAACCAUAAGCUUUUUCGAAAGGCUCUACAGGAAGCAUUUGAAACCUUCUGCAACAAAGGACCUGCAAAAAACUUGACUGCAGAAUCGCUCUCUGCAUUUUCUGAUAACUUACUAAAGAAAGACAGUACUGAGAAAUUAAGUGAUGAUGAGAUUGAUCUUGCUCUUGAAAACGUGGUGAAAAUCCUUCAACACGUUGAAAAUAAAGAUGUAUUUGCAGAGUUCUACAGGAAAAAACUUGCUCGUAGAUUGCUGGUUAAUAAAUGUCCAAAUGAUUGUAACGAACGAAGCAUGUUGGCAAAAUUAAAGGAGCAAAAUGGGGCACAAUUUACAUCAAAGAUGGAGGGCAUGAUUACGGACUUCUUUCUAGCGAAGGAGAACCAAAAUAAAUUUGUGGCACAUCUUAACAGAGAAGACAUUCGUGUUGGAUUAGAUUUGAAUGUUAGUGUCCUUACUACUUGGUGUUGGCCAACCUACAAGUCCCCUAAUAUCAAUCUGCCCAUUGAGCUGGAUAAAUGUAUAGGCAUAUUCAAACAAUUCUAUUCCAAGGAAACUGCGAAUCGCAUACUUACAUGGAUGUAUUCUCUAGGGGCCUGCACUGUAGAAAGCAGGUUUAAUGACAGGAUAAUAGAGCUGGUAUUAUCAACUUAUCAGAUUCCAUUUCCCCACAACAGUGAUGAGAAGAAGAAAGCGACGAUUGACGACGUGGAACAAACAAGAAAGUACUUGAUAGAUUGCGCAAUUGUUAACAUCAUGAAGAAGGAAAAACUACUGCCUUAUCAGCAGCUACAGAGUGAGUGUGUUGAGAGACUCAAAAAAGAUUUCAAGCCGGAUUUUAGAGCAAUAAAGAAGAGGAUAGAUGAAAUGAUUAAUAAGGAGUACCUGGAACGGGACAAAGAUGAUCACAGUAUGUUCAAAUAUUUGGCCUGAAAGGGUCUGAGCAAAGGACUUGUCUUUUUGGAAGCAAAGUGAAGUGUGUCAUG